AUGGAGCAAGUUCACGGAGUCGACGUCAGCUGGAUGACCAAGGCGUCGCCCAAAGACAAAGCUAGCAAACCAUCCACCUCACCUCCCAAGGUAGCGCCUGCUCCGUCACAACCACGAAACAUUCCUUCGCCGUCACAAGAUCCUCGUAAUCCUCAAGGGACGCCAAAUACGAAGAGUACACCUCCGCAGCAAGAUGGCGGCCAACCUUCUCCCAGCCCGUCGAAUCUAACGAGUGCGUCGAGACGACUAUCACGAUCCGGCUCAAUAGAGAACAAACCCGGGCCCAAUGGAACCCCUCCGCAGAGGCGCAACUCAUGGUUUUCCAAUAUUUCUGCAAAGUUCUCGAGUUCCACCAGUUCGCCGCCCAGUAACUCGCCAGCCCAUCACCAUUCUCUGCACCACCUUCACCACAAAGAGUCACAAUCACAGCGCACCGAAGACCAAUCAUCCCAGACUACGGCGGCGGCACCUCAGUCGCCGGGUUCGCCGCCACCCGAGGACACUGUUGAGCCCAUGCCACCAAGGCUUCACCCUACGAGAAAUGCUGUUCUACAGCAUGCGGCGGCGAAACCGGAGGGCAACGGUCCAUACACACCUGCACCACCCAAAACCGGUCAAGCUGGCAUUCUGGGUGUCUUCCGACGCUUGUCCUCCUCAGGCACUAACGCCAUGGUGAACGGAAAGCUGGGGAAUGGUCUUGUGGAACGCAAAAUAUUGAAUGUCGACCAGAAUCGGGAGAGGUGCAGCAUUUCCGAAUUAAGAGAAGCCAAGCUACGACGGGUUUCAUUUUGUGUCGAUGUGGAGAUAGCUCCCAUGCCCAAGUAUGCUGAUGGAGAAGCUCAAGAAGCAAAACCUCUGGAUAAGACGCAAAAGAAAAAGUUUACCGAAAAGGGCGAAGGCGACGCGCUUAAGAAUCCUCAUGCCGUCGAAGCCAAGAAAGAGGCCGAGGAGGCUGCGAAGACUGCAAAUGGGACUGCCACAAAUGGCAUCCAAGCGGAACCAGUUGAGAAUAAGGCUGAUGUAAACGGUGGUACUACCGACGAGACUUCUUCUGUUGGCCCUGACAAGGAAAAGGACACGACCAAAAAGAAGGAAAAGAAGAAGAGGAGCGAGGAAGAGCGGAAAGCUAGGAAAGAGAAGCGUCGAAGACUCGCCGAGGACAAUGGUUCUGUGCCGAUUGAAAUCCACUAUGACAGUAGCGACUCGUCUUCAGAAGCUCGCAGCGGUACCGUUACUCCGAAGUCAUCCUCCCUUCCGACCACGAAUCCUGCAAGGAUAUAUCGUCGAUGCUGUCAGUUGCGGGAAACACCCAUUCUUAAGAAGAUUACCGAACAAUUAAUGGACAAGGCCAACUCCAACAUUUCCAGCGGCACGGUUAACAAGCUCGACCUGACGGAUUACUAUCUUCAACUACCGGACCUAAUCACUCUUGGAGACUACCUUGCGGUGGUUCCAGUCAAGGAAAUCCUCCUCGAGAAUUGUGGUUUGAGCGAUGAAGGCCUUCGUGUUAUUCUUGCAGGUUUGCUGGCUGCCAAGAUGCCUCCGACUUCAAGGCGAAAGAAGCCUAAACACGAACUCGAAGCCCAGGGUGGAGUUGUCGAGCGGGUUGUUGUCAAAAACAACAAGUUGGGUCCUGACGGAUGGAAGCAUAUUUCGUUGUUCCUGUACAAGUGCCGGUCCCUCAAGUAUCUCGACAUUUCGCAUAUCCCAUUCCCAAGACAGGCGCCUGCUGCCAAGAAUGGCACCUUGCCGAAUGGCAUGCACAUCCCCCGAACGAUAUCAGACGUCUUCUCAACGGCUAUGGCUAAUCGACUAGGUGGCUCGACUUUGGAAAUGGUGAAUAUGGGUGAGACGGAGCCAAGCAUGGAGCAAUUGGGAACAAUUAUAGACGGCAUAAUCAAGUGCGGUGUUCGACGGCUUGGCGUGGCACAUAACUCCCUCGACGCAGACGGCAUCAGGCACGUGGUGAGAUACCUGAAUGCCGGAUUUUGCGAAGGCCUCGAUCUAGGUGGGAACGAUAUUAAUGAGCACGUUGAGACUCUUGCCGGUAUCUUGGAUGAGCAUCAUCCUAUAUGGGCUCUUAGCUUGGCUAGCUGCAACUUGACGCCCUCAAGUCUUGGCAAGCUUCUUCCUGUGUUGGUGAGGUUGAAAGGAUUCCGGUUUAUCGACCUUUCACACAAUCAAGAACUGUUCCAGACCAAGCCUAGCGCACUUGGUCUGUUGAGAAGAUAUCUCCCCAAACUUCAGGACUUGAAGCGUAUCCAUCUGCAGGACGUCAACAUGAGCUCAGAACAAGCCAUUGCCCUCGUUGAAGUCUUGCCAGAAGUGCGCAACCUGGCACACAUUAACCUGCUGGGUAAUAGUGAACUAUUGAAGCUCGCAGAUGCAAAGACUGAGGAGGCACAAGAAGAAGCGUGCGCUCUGUAUGCAUCUCUCAUGGCAGCGGCUAGAAUAUCGGACAGCUUGAUCUGUGUCGACAUUGAAGUGCCCAGCGAAGGCUCUGGAGAGAUUGUCAAGGCCAUGGCGAAACAAGUUGUAGCGUAUUGUCUCCGCAACAUGGAAAGGAUCCCCGACACCGACAUUGGCGCCGUGAUAGCCAAUGCCAUGUCUGAGACGCAGACUGAGAUGCAAGAAUGCAAGGUGCCGGCAUAUCCCGAUGUUCUGGCUCACCUUGUCGGACACGACGUGCUGGAACAAGACGGACCAGAGGAUGACCACGAAGAUACCCCAGAUGAAGACUACGUCAUCGGCGGCACCGGUGUCGUCAAAGCCCUGGCAUGCUGUCUGAAGAACCGAGGCGACGACUCUCGCCGGCAGUCUGGAGAGUUCGCGCUGGGCACAGAAGGCAGCGGCGGUUCGGCGGGACCAACUGGUUUGGCAACUGGUGGCAAAGCAAAGGACAUGUCGAAGCAUCUCCUCGCUGGAGCGAGAAAGAUUCGACAGCGCCUGCAGCCAGCUCUGAACAAGGCUAGAGCCGAAUCGGGCGAUGAGAUGAAUCUUCGCAAGCUUACCUUCCUGGAUGACACCCUGCAGGGCAUCAUCAAGAGAUUCGAAGAUGAAUUCCCCGACACGCGAGAACCACAGCCAGAGGCGCCCAGCAGCAACGAAUUACGCAAGAUAUCAUCCACGUCGAGUGAGGAGCCGCUGCAGACCAUGACGACGGGAGACGACUCGGCGGUUGUUGUAUCGGACGGAGAGGACGAAUCCGAGAUACACCCACCCAAACCAUUGUCCAGGUCCAACUCGAUGCUAUCCAAGGAAUUGGCAGAGGAGGAAGGUCGCGUUCUCCGUGUUGGACACCAAUUCCGGUCAGGAUUUGUUCGCAAGGAACAAUUUGACAUUAUCAAAACGAUUGAUGACAUUGGGUCGGACCCAAAGCACUCGCAGAUGCUAGUAGAACUGGCUGAAGAUAUUGGCGGAGAGCUGCUUGAAAAGGUGAAGGAAAAGGGUGCAGUGCGGGCAUUCAAGGAGGACAAGGAGGUGCUAUUCCGCAGCAUGAGAGACAGCGACCCGGAGCACUGGGGGCGAUUUGUCGAAGCACAGCAGAAAGCGCGAGCAAACAUUACGGUGUCAUCUGACAAACCUGGCACAGAAGCAUUACAACCAGCUGAUGAGAGUGCAAUUGCAGAUUGA